AUGACCACACGCUGGUCCACCAGUACGGACACCAUGGGCUUGCUGGACAAGAUUAAGGACCUCGAGGCGGAGAUUGCGCGGACGCAGAAGAACAAGGCGACGGAGAAGCACUUGGGCUCUCUGCGGGCCAAGCUGGCCAAGGCGCGUGCAGAGAUGAUGGAGGGUCCGAAGAGCUCUGGCAAGGGCGAGGGCUUUGACGUGGCCAAGGCCGGCGAUGCCCGCGUCUCCAUGGUCGGCUUUCCCUCGGUCGGCAAGUCGACGUUGCUGUCAAAGGUGACCGAUACCGAGUCGACGUCGGGCGCAUACGAGUUCACGACCCUCACGUGCAUUCCAGGCGUCAUCGAGUACAUGGGCGCCAACAUCCAGCUCCUGGAUCUACCGGGCAUCAUCGAGGGCGCCGCCAAGGGCAAGGGCCGCGGCCGCCAGGUCAUCGGCGUGGCGCGGACGUCGGACCUCAUUCUGAUGAUGAUGGACGCGUCCAAGGGCGAGAUCCAGCGCAAGCUGCUCGAGGCCGAACUCGAGUCGGUCGGCAUUCGCCUCAACGAGCAGCCGCCGGACAUCACGUUCAAGGUCAAGAAGGGCGGCGGCAUCCAGUUCAACUCGACGGUCCCGCUGACCAAGAUCGACGAGAACGUGGUCAAGUCAAUUCUCUCGACGUACAAAAUCCACCACGCUGAAGUCCUCUUCCGCGAGGAUGCCACCAUGCAGCAGUUCAUCGACGUCAUCCAGGGCAACCGCCGGUACAUCCGCUGCCUCUACGUGUACAACAAGAUGGACACGGUGUGGAUGGAGGAGGUCGAGCGGCUGGCAAACCAGCCCGACACCAUCGUCAUCUCAUGCGCGUGGGACAUCAACCUCGACUGGCUCAUCGAGUCCAUCUGGGACUACCUCGACCUCACCCGCGUCUACACCAAGAAGCGCUCGGCCAUGCCCGACUUUGACGAGCCGUUCAUCCUCCGUGACGGCACAGACGUCGAGUCCGUCUGCCGCUCCAUCCACAACGACAUGGUCAACACUUUUAAGUACGCCACCGUCUGGGGCCGCUCGUCCAAGUUUAACCCCAAUCCGCAGCGCGUCGGCCUCAAGCACGUCCUUGCCGACGAGGACGUUCUCCAGAUCGUGGCCGCUACCAUUGACGGGUAA